CGAGUAAGAGUGUAGUUGACAGCCGACUGAAAUCGACUAAACUUGGCUUCAUUGUGUGUCCUCCAACGAAACUAAAACCGACUAAAACGGUUCAAGUGGAAUUAGCAUAUCUGUGAAAAUUUGUUUGACACACCAAUCACCAUGUGUAUUUUGCCCUGUUUAACUGUGAUUCUCUUUUUGCAAUCAAAUGUCGUCUUCGGUGAAAUGUUCACUGCCUUGGCAGACUUGGAAGGACUCGUCUUAACAGAGUUGGAGCUGGUAAAGCAACUUGAUACUUACAUCCAGGAAGAAGAAAACAAACUGAAACUUUUGAGAGGACACAUGGAAGAAUAUGAAAACAUGUAUCAGGAAGCCAGUGCAGAUGUUUCAAAGUACUUGGCCAACCCAGUCAAUGCUUAUUUGCUUGUCAAAAGCCUGACAUCAGACUGGAAGAAGAUUGAAGGGGUCAUGUCCCAAAAUUUUGGCUCUGCCUUUCUCAAAAACAUUACUCAACACCGUAGCGAUUUGCGUUUCCCUUCGGAUGAGGACUUGAAUGGAGCAGCAGUUGCCCUUAUGAGACUCCAAGAUACUUAUAAACUAGACACCCAUGCUUUGGCCAAAGGGGAGCUGUUGGGGAAAAAAUAUUCUCGUCAGCUUACCGCUGGAGAUUGCUGGGAACUUGGUCGGCAAUCGUACAACAACGGCGAUCACUAUCACACGGUUCUGUGGAUGGGAGAAGCUUUAAACAAGUGGGACGACGAAUCAAACAAAACUGUCGCUCGAGAAGAUAUUCUCGAUUACUUGUCGUUUUCCACAUUUAAACAAGGGAAUGUCAAGGAAGCCCUACUGUUGACUAAUGAACUGCUUCAGAUUGUUCCGUACCAUCAACGCGCCAUUGGAAAUAAAAAACAUUACGAAGAUGUCCUUCGUAAAGAAGGAAUCUUGUUACCGAUUGGUCCACCUAAUGGAGAAGGUGAAAGGGCGGAAGAGAUGAUCCUGACUAAACCAUUUAAUACUGCCAAUCUAAAGUUAAAGAAACCUAUUGAUAAUUUAGAGGAAAGAGAUAAAUACGAAAAGCUCUGCAGAGGUGAGAAGUUGAUGGAUCCUAAAAUCGAAGGCCGUCUACGAUGUCGCUACGUCACCAAUAACGUGCCAUUCUUUUUCAUUCAACCCAUCAAGAUGGAGGAGGCAUUACUGAAACCGAAGAUAGUCGUUUAUCACGAUGUUAUGUCCGAUGACGAAAUUGAAACUGUCAAGAAAAUGGCUAAGCCCAGGUUUAAACGUGCCACUAUUCGGAAUAGCAAAACCGGAGAGCUGGAACCAGCGAAUUAUCGGAUCUCGAAAUCUGCCUGGUUGAAAAGUGAAGAACACGAUCACAUAUUGAAGGUGACCCGUCGUGUUGGCGAUGUAACCGGACUUGAUAUGGCCACAGCUGAAGAUCUCCAAGUAGUCAAUUACGGCAUUGGCGGGCAUUACGAACCUCAUUUUGAUUACGCCAGAACAGAGACAGCCGAAGCCUUUAAAGAACUCGGAUGGGGUAAUCGUAUCGCUACUUGGCUGUUCUACAUGAGUGACGUUGAGGCCGGUGGUGCCACUGUCUUCCCCCCAACUGGCGCAGCUGUAUGGCCUAGGAAAGGAAGCGCUGCAUUUUGGUACAACUUGUAUCCAAAUGGUAAAGGUAACGAGUUGACUCGUCAUGCCGCUUGUCCAGUCCUUUCUGGAUCUAAAUGGGUUUCUAACAGAUGGAUUCACGAACAUAGGCAGGAAUUCCGUCGCCCUUGUGGUUUAACAUUUGACGCCGAAAUGUAAAAUUGUCUUUGAUCAUUAAAUCUUUUUUUCGCUAAUGUAAUAACAUUUUAGUGACUUUUGAAAUGUUCUCUUCAAUAUCGAAUAAUUGACUAACAUUUUUGCUUAAUUUCUCUUCCCUCAAGUGCAAUACAAAUUGUUUAUAUUUGAAA